GCCGUGGGCUGGCUGGGGGCAGGCGGCAGGCUCGGCGGACCGGCAAAAGUCACCAGAAAUUGAGUCUUCAGGGGAAAGAGUGCACACCCUCCCCCUCUUCCCUCCCAGACGCAGGGACGAGGAGGGGCGCUGAAGCCCCGGGAGGCGCGCCAUGACCCUGUUCCACCUGCUCGCCGUGGGGAUCGUCAUGCUGUGCGCCACCGCCACCCUAGCCGCGCUGCGAGCCGGAGGGGGCGUGAGGGCGGGCGAGGAUGCGGGGUUGAAGGUGGGCGUGACGCUGGAGGCGGCGGUGAGGCAGCUGGCGGAGAAUCACCUGCCGGAGUGUUUCCUGGUGGUGGUGGCGGCGGAGGAGCGAGCCUCGACCCUCACCCCCAUGGCCAGGUCCCUCUGGGCGGUGUUCUAUCCUUUCGUGUGGGUGGGCGUGGGUGAGGCCGCCGCCACAGCCACUGCCACCACCACCGCCUCCACCGCCCCCACUACCACCACCAACACCACCACCGCCGUCGCCGCCUCCGCCCCCACCACGGCCGUCCCCAUCGCCGCCGCCGCCAGCCACCUGCAGCGGCAUCUACAGGUGCGCGACCCGAGGUUCACCUGCCACGCCUUCCUCCUGGACCUCUCCCAGCCCCUUCACUCCGACCCUCUGCUGCAGUUCCUAGAGGACACACAUCUGCAUCUAUGGCCGGAGACGCGGGUGGUAGGCGUGGGUCCCCCGCUGCCCUCCCUGCCCGACAUCCGCGCCCUGCUCACCCAGCCCGCCCUCCGCAACACUGCCCACGCUCUCUUCCUCGCCCUCCACGCCCACUCUGAGGGCUCAGUCGACGCCUCGGGUUCAGAAGCGAAAGAAGGAGGGAAAGAAGGGAACUGCGACGGCAGAAAGGCUCGAGGCGGCGUGUGCGGGGGGCGCGUGGAGGUGUUCCGUCGCUGCCUGUACUGCCAGAGAGGAGGUGAGGGCGUGUACCUGGUGACCCGCUGGAAUGCCAAGGCGCUGCACGACACACACGCCAGCACGCCCGCCACGCCCACCCCGAGCCUCUUUCCAGACGAGUUCCACAUGUUCGGGCACCGCUUCCGCAUCGUGUCUAUGGACUGGUACCCGUUCCUCUCCUUCCGCCGCAACUCCAACGCCUCCGCCACCACCGUCACCCCGCUCGACUCCCUGGACUACCGCAUGCUCACCGCCGUCUCCAGGGUCCUCAACUUCACGUAUGAGAUGCGGGUGCCGUGGGAUGACCAGUGGGGGGUGUCGCAGGAUAACGGGAACUGGACGGGCACGGUGGGGACGCUACAGCACCACCAGGCAGACUUCUCCAUGCUGCUUUCCUGGAUGCCCUCGCGCAUGGCCGUGGUCGACUACUCCCGCGUCUACAUCUCCGAGCCGCUGGUCAUCGUCACGAGGAAGCCCGGACCGCUGCCACAGAUCUUCGCCCUCGUCAGACCCUUCCCAGACGUGUUAUGGGUAGCGGUGGUUCUGGCGAGUGUGGCGGCGGGCGUGGUGAUGUGGGCGAUGGACUGGGCGUGGUGGCGGGUGUGCGGCGAGGGCGUGGGCGUGGGCAUGGCGGGCCGGAGGGGACUCAGCUCUUCCCUCCUCGCGUCCUGGAGGAUACUGCUGGAGGACCCCGACCCAUAUCUCCCCACCAGCAUGACGGGCCAAAUGUUGGUGGGAUGGUGGUGGGUGUUUUGCAUGCUUCUCACCAACGCCUACCGGUCCUCUCUGAUUGCCCACCUCUCCGUGCCUGACGAGUCCCCGCCCAUCAACACACUGGAGGACUUGCUGCAGGAGAAGGGGUACACUUGGGGUAUGGAGGCUACCUACGGCGUCGGCUGGCAGUGGUUCAAAGAGAGCUCCGUGCCCUCCGUCAAGCAAGUGUACGCCAAGAUACAGGUCCUGGACGCCGAGGAGCACCUGGCGCGUGUCUUGGAGGGCCAACACGCGUUUCUCACCUGGAAGUACUACAUCCGCUCCCUCAUCGGCGCGCACUACACCAACUCCCGCGGCUACACGCCCCUCUACACCGGCAGGCAGGAGUACAUCAACUACGGUGGCUACGGCUGGGGCUUCAGGAAGGGUGCACCAGUCCGCAGGAGCAUCGACCUCGUGAAGCAGCGGCUGAUCGAGGCGGGGGUCGUCAAACACUGGAUGAACGACCUCAUCGCCACGGCCAGCAGGAAGGCGCGCAGGAAGAACACCGCCCGCCCCGCCCUGCCCGCCAAGUUCUCUCAGGAGGCUGGGGGCGCCGAGCUGGUGGUGCUGGGCGUGGGGCAGCUUCAGGGCGCCUUCUACCUGCUCGGUCUCGGCCUGCUGCUCGGUCUGGUGAUGCUUGUGGCGGAGGCGCUGCUGAGGGUCGUGCGGAAGGGCCUACACUGACCAUUGAUAUAUCCUCGCCUUGCCUCUCGACGUCCUACUUACGGCUGUUCUUAUCUCGCUUUAAGUCUUGGGUACCGGUAUUGUUACGUACGUUUGCUAUGUUGUCUUUAGUAUCUAACUCAGUCUUGUCACGUUCCCACCCAGUCCUACAUCGUGCUGACCUAUUAGUAAUUCCUUAGGACCCGUCUCUCAGUCUUGUCACACCUACCCCGGCCUUAUCCCGUGCCAGCCCAACCUUGCAUCGUUUCAGCCCUCAGGAGCCGUCUUAAUCAGUCUUACCACACCCACCCUUACCUUAUUUCGUCCUCGCCCAUCCGUGCAUCGUUCUGUCCAGUUAUAUAGCCCAUAGGUACUGUCUUUCCCGUCCCAUCUCGCCUUGCUCCGACUUUCACAUUACGGAUCUUGUAUUUAAGCCUUUUGUUACCCUCCUCCGCGUCUUACAGUGCCCUUUUUCCAUUUU